CCUCUGCCCCACGGCUGCCCCGGGCUUUUGCACGGUCCUCGCGUGGGCGGAUCGGCGUCACAGCCAUGACAGCCAUCGAGGGAGGGGAUCCACAGAUAUAGCAGCCGUCCUAAUCCUUGGAGCUCAUCCCCUAAUCGCCUGCGUCGGGCUCCGGUGGAGGGUGUCGCCAGCAAUCAAUGGCGGGGUCGGCGGCGAGCGAGGCACGGGCCUGGAGCCCGGCCCCGGCCAUGUACGAGGAGUACCGGCCGCCUCCGCUGGACGCCAUCCGCCUGCCUCGCUACGCCUUGUACCUGCUGAUGGCCGCCGUCCUGGUGGUGGCCGUGGCCUACGCCAUCGUGGGCCACCUCAUCAAAGACCUCGCUCAUGACUUGGCCGACUGGGCCUUUGGCCCUAAGCCAGACCAGGAGGAAGGCCCACGGGAGCUCCGGGCGAGCUUGGCCACGGAAGACCUGGAAGAGCUGGACCUUCAGCUGGCCCUGACCUGGCGCAGGGAGGAAGACCCCGCCCGGGCUCCUCGCCGCCCCUCCAUCGCUUUCCGGGACCCUCCCCUGCAAAGUGACUUUUGGAGGCUGGACUGACCAGGAGGGACAGCACCUGCGAGGCUGGCCGGCCUGGCCGUUCUUAGGCUCCCUGAGCCCUCACCACCUCAGCUGGGCCUCCUGUGUCUGUUGUAUGACACAGGCUGGCCUGAAGCUCAGAAUCCCCCUGCCUCAGCUUGAGUGUUGGGAUUAUAGACACAAACCCCACCUUAUUAAGACUUUGAGAUAGGAUUUCAGUAGCUCAAGCUAGCCUUGAACUUGAUAUAUAGCAGAGGAUGACCUUGAACUCUUAGUCUUCCCGAGGGCAGAGGUGGGAUGGGGUGGGGUAGAUGACAGGUCACCACAUCUGAUUUCUGUGCUGCUGGGAAUGGAGCCCAGGGCUUCUUCAUACAGGCUGGGUCAGCCCCAGGCCCUGAUAUUUUUAAAUCGUUAUGAAUAAUUCUGGCAUAGACUCCUUCUGCAUCAGCAGUGUCUGCUAAGAGGAGAAAGUGAGGCUGAAUUUGGAUACAAAAUAAAAGUGUGGCAAAGGCUGAAGAGAUGGCUCAGAGGAUAAGAGCACUGGCUUUUCUCCCAGAGGUCCUGAGUUCAAUUCCCAGUAACCACAUCAUGGCUCACAGCCAUCUGUAUUGAGAUCCAGCACCCUCUUCUGGCCCACAGCCAUACAUGCAGGCAGAACACUGUAUACAUAAUAGUAAAAUCUUUUUGUUUGUAUCAAAAACAAACAGAGUUUCUUUUUAUGUAGUCCUGGCUGUCCUGGAACUCACUCUGUAGACCAGGUUGGACUCGAACUGACAGAUCUGCCUCUGCUUCCCAAGUGUUGGGACUAAGGGCAUGUGCCACCACUGACUGUUGAUAAAUAAAUAAUUUUUUAAAAAGUGUGUCCGAGGGCUGGAGAGAUGGCUCGGUGGUUAAGAGCACUGGCUUUUCUUACAGAGGUCCUGAGUUCAAUUUCCA